AUGUCUUCUCUUCCUCCUGUCUACAUCGUUUCGACUGCUCGGACCCCUGUGGGAUCCUUCCUGGGCUCUCUCUCGAGUUUGACUGCCCCGCAGCUUGGUUCCCAUGCGAUCAAGUCCGCUCUCAGCAGAGCUGAAGGAGUCAGCACCUCAGAUGUUCAGGAAGUCUUCUUUGGCAAUGUUCUUUCCGCAAAUGUUGGCCAGAAUCCUGCCAGACAAUGUGCUCUCGGUGCCGGCCUGGAGGACUCCACUGUGUGUACCACCGUCAACAAGGUGUGCGCAUCUGGCCUGAAGGCUGUCAUCCUUGGAGCACAGACCAUCAUGACUGGAAAUGCUGAUGUUGUCGUGGCCGGUGGUGCUGAAUCCAUGUCUAAUGCUCCUCACUACCUCCCAAACCUUCGUUCGGGUGCGAAAUAUGGUCACCAAAGCUUGGUGGACGGAAUUAUGAAAGAUGGCUUGACGGAUGCAGGCAAACAGGAACUCAUGGGCCUACAAGCCGAGGAAUGUGCCCAGGACCAUAGUUUCACCAGGGAAGACCAGGAUAACUAUGCCAUUCGAACCUAUGAGAAAGCCCAAGCUGCCCAGAAGGCCGGACUUUUCAAUGAUGAAAUUGCGCCAGUCGACCUUCCUGGUUUCAGGGGCAAGCCCGGUGUGACCGUCGCGCAAGACGAGGAGCCCAAAAACCUUAACCCUGACAAGCUCCGGGGCAUCAAACCCGCGUUCAUUCCUGGUUCUGGAACGGUCACGGCGCCCAACUCGUCUCCACUCAACGAUGGUGCUGCGGCUGUGGUGUUGGUCUCGGAAGCUAAGCUGAAGGAGCUCAAUCUGAAGCCCGUCGCAAAGAUUCUUGGAUGGGGAGAAGCUGCUCACCAGCCCAGCAAAUUCACGACUGCCCCAGCACUUGCUAUCCCCAAGGCUCUUAAGCACGCUGGUAUCAGCCAAGAUGCCGUGGAUGCAUUCGAGAUCAAUGAGGCAUUUAGUGUCGUUGCUCUUGCCAACAUGAAGCUACUCAACAUUCCGGAAGAAAAGGUGAACGUUCACGGUGGAGCCGUUGCUAUCGGCCACCCUAUCGGAGCUAGUGGUGCUCGCAUCUUGACUACGCUGCUUGGUGUUCUCAAGGCAAAGAACGGCAAGGUUGGCUGCGUCGGAAUUUGCAAUGGUGGAGGAGGUGCUAGCGCCAUGGUUGUUGAGUCGCUGGCAUAA